AUGAGCCAAAUAUUGACAGCUGGACAAGCGGGAGAACUGCACAAGGCUAUGGUAGCAUACCUUGCUGCAAUAAAUGCGUCCCAGAGUUCCGAAACGCUACGCGAAGAGCUUCAAGUUGGCGACAGUUUUGAUGAGGGAACACGCAAGAGAUACGAGGGGUUAUUAGAAAAAAAAUGGACGGGAAUUGCUAGAUUGCAGAGAAAGAUAACCGAUUUAGAGAACAAAGUCAGCAGCCUUCAAGCCGAGCUUGAUGCGACACCUUCAGCAGCCCGUUCAAAGAAUCAAGACCCAGUCAAUUGGCUCCCUAAACCAUCACCAUCACAUACAUUUGAAUCUCACCGAAGCGGCAUCACAUGUGUCGCGUUUCACCCGGUAUUCACAUCGCUCGCUUCCGGCUCUGAAGAUUGUACAAUCAAAAUAUGGGACUGGGAGCUUGGAGAACUAGAACGGACCCUGAAGGGACAUAUAAGAAGUGUCUCGGGUCUUGAUUAUGGUGGGCAAAAAGGAAACACACUGUUGGCCUCCUGUUCUAGCGACCUUACAAUCAAACUAUGGGAUCCAAGCAAGGACUACGCGAACAUCAGAACGUUGUCUGGUCAUGAUCACUCAGUUUCAGCUGUGCGCUUUCUAACAACGAACGAAAACCACCUGAUCUCCGCCAGCCGAGAUGGAACGCUGCGGAUAUGGGAUGUACUCACGGGAUUCUGCGUGAAGGUCAUAAAGUCCUCGACCGAGUCCUGGAUUCUAGAUGUGGCACCUUCUUUUGACGGGAAGUGGCUAGUGUCCGGUGGUCGAGAUCAGGCAAUAACGGUGUGGGAGGUUUCGUCAGCCGAACCGAAAGCCGCGUUAUUAGGCCACGAGAACUUUAUCGAGUGCUGUGUUUUUGCGCCACCAGCAAGUUACGAGCAUCUAGCUACAUUAGCUGGACUCAAGAAACCGCCUCCUGCAACUAGCUCCUGUGAAUUCAUCGCCACAGGAGCCAGAGACAAAACUAUCAAGCUCUGGGAAGCGAGGGGAAGACUGAUUAAGACUUUAGUCGGCCACGACAACUGGGUGCGAGGCCUGUUGUUCCAUCCUGGUGGGAAAUAUCUUUUCAGUGUAGCCGACGACAAAACAAUACGAUGCUGGGACCUCUCCCAGGAGGGCAGACUGGUCAAGACAAUCGACAACGCACAUGGGCACUUUGUCAGCUGCAUUCGAUGGGCACCCAGCCCUAACGGCAGUGAGAACCCUGACACUGCUGCCGAAAAACUAGACGGUGCACCCAAAAAGGAUGCUGCCGCCAAACCAUCGUUCCGAUGUGUCAUUGCAACAGGAAGUGCAGAUUCAUGCGUUCGGGUCUUCUCAUAA